CGUGGAAAUUUGUUCGGCCUUAUUUUCACUAUACAUUUGUCUAGGGUUCUUCUGGACACCCAACCCACUAAUUUGCGCUCACCUGACGGUCAGUCACCCACAUCAAUUUCAAAAUGACUCCGAAGUUCGAGCUCUGUCCUGGCAGAAUGAUUGGGGGUUCGAACCCCUGUUUCAUUAUUGCCGAAAUUGGACAGAACCACCAGGGAGAUAUCAAUAUCGCCAAGAAAAUGAUCAAGAUGGCCAAGGACUGCGGGGCAGACUGUGCCAAGUUUCAGAAAAGUGAGCUGGAGUACAAGUUCAACAAGCGGGCCCUGGAGCGUCCGUACACCUCCAAACAGUCCUGGGGGAAAACGUACGGAGAGCACAAGCGACACCUUGAGUUCAGUCAUGAACAAUAUAGAGAGCUCCAAAAAUAUGCAAAGGAGGUUGGAAUCUUCUUCACCGCUUCUGGAAUGGAUGAGAUGGCGGUGGAGUUUCUUCAUGAGCUUAAUGUGCCUUUCUUUAAAGUUGGUUCAGGGGACACUAACAACUUUCCCUACCUGGAAAAGACCGCAAAAAAAGGACGCCCCAUGGUGGUGUCCAGUGGGAUGCAGUCGAUGGAGACAAUGAGACGAGUCUACCAGACUGUCAAGAAACACAACCAGAGUUUCUGCAUCCUGCAGUGCACCAGUGCCUACCCUUUAGAGCCCGAAGACGUCAACCUGCGAGUCCUCGCAGAAUACCAGAAGGAAUUUCCUGAUAUUCCCAUCGGAUAUUCUGGUCACGAGUCUGGGAUUCACAUCUCCGUGGCAGCAGUUGCGCUUGGGGCAAAGGUCAUCGAGCGCCAUGUGACCCUGGACAAGAGCUGGAAGGGAAGUGACCAUGAAGCGUCUCUGGAACCGUCAGAGUUGACCGAGCUGGUGAAAGCCAUCCGACUGGUGGAAAGGUCUCUGGGGACGGGCGUCAAGCAGAUGCUGCCCUGUGAGAAGCCGUGCCACGAUAAGCUGGGGAAAUCUGUGGUGGCUAAAGUGGCGAUCCCCAAAGGCACAUUGCUUACUAUGGAGAUGUUGGGAGUGAAGGUGUGCGAGCCAAAGGGCGUUCCCCCCGAGGACAUCUUCCAGCUGGUGGGCAAGGCCGUCACAGAGGACGUGGAGGAGGACGAGAGCAUCACCCCGGACGUUGUAGAAAGCUAUGGCAAGAAAAUGAAGUGCUGAGAUGUCGGCCGGCUAACACCUUGCAGUUGCCGAUUAUAACCACGUUGUCACGGGAACCACAAUGCCAAACAACGAGUUUACAGGCCACGAUAUGUUGGCUUAUGCAAUGUACGCUAAGCCAGAGGUUAUUGUUUUGAGUUUCAGGAGAGGGAACAUUUUAUAUUUCUGACUUCAUAUUUCUGCAGGCUAGACUGCAAGUGCCUAAUAAAAAAAAGAAUAUCCCUUCAGUACUGUUUCCGUUCUAAUGUAAUCUACCAGUGAUAUUGUUUGUUAAAUUGCAUAAUUGCUUGACUACAAAAAUACAAAACAAAAAUACAAAUGCCAAA